GUCUCCUUGAGUCGGGAGGACUAAAGCAAACCUGCCGUCAUGUCGCUCAGCCGGUCGUCCAAAGACCAAAAACACACGAAUCAACCUGCAGGGACUGGACUGAAGCGGACGCGCGGUGACGCGGGGAGCAGGGUGACGGUGGUGCUCGGUGCGCAGUGGGGAGACGAGGGGAAGGGGAAGGUCGUCGACUUAUUGGCAACUGAGGCUGACAUUGUCUGCAGGUGUCAGGGAGGUAACAAUGCCGGGCACACAGUGGUGGUGGACGGCAAGGAGUAUGAUUUCCACCUCCUCCCCAGUGGAAUCAUUAACACUAAAUGUACUUCUCUCAUCGGUAAUGGAGUGGUCAUACAUUUACCUGGAUUGUUUGAAGAGGGAGAUAAAAAUGAGAAGAAAGGUCUGAAAGGAUGGGAGAAGAGGCUGAUUGUUUCAGACAGAGCCCACCUUGUCUUUGAUUUCCAUCAAGUUGUGGAUGGCUUGCAAGAGACUGAAAGACAAGCGCAAGAAGGAAAAAACAUUGGAACGACAAAGAAGGGCAUUGGGCCUGCGUACUCCAGCAAAGCGUCUCGGAUCGGCCUGCGUGUAUGUGACCUCAUGGGAGACUUCAAUGACUUUUCAACCAGGUUUAAGAACCUUGUUCUUCAUUAUCAGUCCAUGUAUCCAUCUUUGAAAGUCGAUGCUGAUGACCAGCUAAAAAAACUAAAGGACUAUGCAGAGAGAUUGCGCCCUAUGGUAAGAGACGGGGUCUACUACAUGUAUGAAUCUCUUCACGGACCUCCAAAGAAGAUUCUAGUUGAAGGGGCCAAUGCUGCUCUGCUUGACAUUGACUUUGGUACAUAUCCUUUUGUGACAUCAUCAAACUGCACUGUGGGAGGGGUGUGCACGGGCCUCGGCAUCCCUCCACUCAAUAUUGGUGAUGUGUUCGGUGUAGCCAAGGCCUACACCACCAGAGUGGGAAUUGGAGCCUUCCCUACAGAACAACUUAACGAAGUUGGAGAGUUACUGCAGACGAGGGGUCACGAGGUGGGUGUAACCACAGGAAGGAAGCGGCGUUGCGGCUGGUUGGAUCUAGUCAUCGUCCGUUACGCUAAUAUGAUUAAUGGCUUUACCGCCAUUGCUUUGACAAAACUUGACAUUCUGGAUGUGCUGGAUGAAAUUAAAGUUGGAGUUGCAUACAAACUCAAUGGGAAGAAAAUUCCUCAUUUCCCAGCCAACAUGAAUAUUUUGCACAAAGUGGAAGUUGAGUAUGAGACCUUACCUGGAUGGAAGACAGACACAUCUGCAGCCAGGAAGUGGAAUGAUCUCCCAGCCAGAGCACAAAACUACAUCCGCUUCAUUGAGAACCACACUGGAGUUCCCAUCAAGUGGGUUGGUGUUGGAAAGUCCAGAGAGUGCAUGAUCCAGAUGUUCUGAACCAAAACACCACUUGAUGAAGAAAAAUGUGACACGAGGGGGCAUUUUUCCCUCACAAAGACUGUUCUUUUCAAAAGCAAAAAAA